AUGCUUGAAGAAGGAGGGUUUAUAAGAAAGCCAAAAACCAGACGGAAACGUCAAGUGGACUAUGUUGAAAUCAGUGAUGGCGAGAGCACUCCAGUUGAUAAAGCAAAAGGCGGUGAACAAGACGAUGACGAUUACGAAGAUGCCGUCAAAGAGAUUAGCAUGGACGGUACUCCUUUACUGAUAGAGUCAUCAGAGGAUGAGAAACCUGUGCUAGAAGAGUUGAUGGAAAUAAAAAGCGAAGAGGACGAUGAUGAAGAUUUGCCCUUGUCGAAAAGACGUACACCCAAGAGCUCAGAAGUUCCAGAGGUGGAAACCAAACCUAAAAGAAAACGAGCAACCAGGGCAAAAGCCGAUGGUGCCAAGAAGAAGCCCAAAAAAGAGCCUAAACCCAAAAAACCCAAAACGACACCGUACGAAAGAAACACCGCUAAGCUUUUCGAUAACCAUCCUGAGCUGAAAACUGUGUUCACAGAUCUGGCAGAUGCCCCAGCAUACAAGGCAAAUCGAGCACCACAGCCCACAGGAAUGACAAUCAAAUUGCUACCUUUCCAACUUGAGGGCUUGCAUUGGCUCAUCACUCAGGAAGGUAGUAUGUACGGCGGUGGUGUACUGGCCGACGAAAUGGGUAUGGGAAAAACCAUUCAAACCAUCGCUCUGUUGAUGAAUGAUGUUUCCAAAAAGCCCUCUUUGGUCGUGGCACCCACUGUUGCGCUGGUACAGUGGCGGAAUGAAAUCGAGCAACACACCGGAGGAAAGCUCAAGACGCACAUUUUCCACGGCGCUAAUCGGACCGCUAACGUGGGUGAGUUCAAAGACGUAGACGUUCUUUUGACAACUUAUUCAGUUUUGGAGUCUGUUUUCCGCAAGCAAAAUUAUGGUUUCAAAAGGAAAAAUGGUGUCUACAAGGAGAAGUCAGUUCUCCACAACAUGAACUUCUACCGCGUUAUCCUUGACGAGGCUCACAACAUCAAAGAUAGACAAAGCAACACAGCGAAAGCUGUCAACAAUUUACUCACUGAAAAACGAUGGUGUUUGACAGGUACACCUCUACAAAAUAGAAUUGGUGAAAUGUACUCUCUGAUUCGAUUUUUGAACAUUAAUCCGUUCUCGAUGUAUUACUGCACCAAAUGCGACUGUGCAUCAAAAGAAUGGAAGUUCAGCGACAAUAUGCAUUGCGACAAAUGUGCGCAUGUGGUAAUGCAACAUACAAACUUCUUCAAUCACUUUGCUCUGAAGAACAUUCAAAAACACGGAAUGGAGGGCCCGGGACGCGAAUCGUUCAACAACAUUCAACUUCUGCUCAAAAAUGUCAUGUUGAGAAGAACAAAGGUGGAAAGGGCGGAUGACUUGGGUCUUCCUCCACGGAUCGUUACUGUACGGCGCGACUUCUUCAACGAAGAGGAAAAAGAUCUUUAUCAAAGUCUUUAUACAGACAUCAAAAGAAAGUUCAAUUCAUAUGUGGAAGAGGGUGUUGUGCUGAACAAUUAUGCCAAUAUUUUCACUCUGAUCACUAGGAUGAGGCAAUUAGCUGACCAUCCUGAUCUAGUUCUGAAAAGAAUGAAAAAUGGACAGGGAUAUGACGAUAGCGUCAUAGUUUGUGAACUUUGCGACGACGAAGCGUAUGAGCCGAUUGAAUCAAAAUGUCACCACAGGUUUUGUCGGCUAUGCAUAAAAGAAUACAUCGAGUCUUUCAUGGAAAAUAGCGAAAAACUGACAUGUCCUGUAUGCCACAUUGCACUGAGUAUUGAUCUAUCCCAACCAGCCCUGGAGUACACUCCCAGGUCUCAUUCCAGGCAUAGUAUUGUAGAUCGACUGAACGUCAAAGGAAACUGGCGAUCUUCGACCAAAAUUGAAGCACUGGUCGAGGAACUUUACAAUCUGCGAAGCGAUCGAAGAACGAUCAAGUCCAUUGUUUUCUCACAGUUCACAAGUAUGCUAGAUCUGGUUGAGUGGAGACUGAAAAGAGCUGGAUUCAAAACCGUGAAACUACAAGGUAGCAUGACUCCCACGCAGCGAGACCAGACGAUCAAAUACUUUAUGGAAGACAUCCAUUGCGAAGUGUUUCUGGUAAGUCUGAAAGCCGGUGGUGUUGCUCUCAACUUGUGUGAAGCUUCUCAAGUUUUCAUCCUGGAUCCCUGGUGGAACCCAAGUGUAGAAUGGCAGAGUGGAGACAGAGUGCAUAGAAUCGGCCAAUUUAGACCGGUGAAGAUAACAAGAUUUUGCAUCGAAGACAGUAUUGAGUCGAGAAUCAUAGAACUGCAGGAGAAAAAGGCCAACAUGAUUCACGCUACGAUCAGUCAAGACGACGCGGCCAUCAACAGGUUAACGCCUGGGGACUUGCAAUUUUUAUUCAACAACUAG